AUUGUUAGAAUAUUUGAGUAAAUUGCGCUCUGUCCCAGGCAACUUUGAUAAUCAGCAUAGUAACUCUAAUCAACUGGUAUCUAAACUUCCACUCCUUUAGGGUUCUUCCCCUUAUAUUACCCUCUCUUUUAUGUAUCCCACUUCUCUUGUACAAGUGUUUGAUUCGUUGGCUCGCUGUGCAUGGUAAUGAGAUGGGACAGAGAGGGUUUUUAAAAGCUGCUGCUCAACAACAUAUUGGGAAAGACGGCAAGCAGCGUGAAGUCCGAAUGAUGUUUCUGAUCUGAGCUCUCUGGACCUACAGAGUUGGUGAAAACUCAAGAGUAUUCGGAAGAAUAGAAAUCAAACAUUGUUCCUCUUGUCAUCUCCUCAAAUUAAAGGGCGAAUACCAAGAUCUUGUCGAUUGAGUGAGGUUUCGUUGGGGUAACCAGCCGGGAGGUCCGAAUUUGAGGUUCCUUAUCAGCAGACGAGAUGCAUCGUUGUACAACAGCAGCGUUGCUUUUGUUAGUUAUUGCCUUAUAUUCCCUCCACACAGAAGCCUACAAGUGCAGGUGCACAAGAAAAGGGCCAAAGAUUCGCUACAAGGAUGUGCAAAAGCUGGAGAUCAAACCCAAACAUCCUUUCUGCCAAGAGAAGAUGAUAUUUGUCACCAUGGAGAACGUGGCGCGCUUCAAAGGUCAGGAGUACUGUCUGCACCCUAAACUGCAGAGUACCAAAAACCUGGUCAAGUGGUUCCGGAUCUGGAAGGAUAAGCAUAGGGUGUAUGAAGCUUAAACCAUGGAUUAUGUGCACAAAGGGGAAAAAGUGGAAAAAAACGCCAUUAAUAAGACUGUUUUUAUGAAGUACAAGACAUAAUCUCCGAGCAAUCAGUACUUCGUCUUGGAAUGAGAUUUAUCACGCAUAUAAGAGAUUUCUAGUUUGCUGGUGCCGUUUUAGUUGGCCAUCAGGCUAAUUAUUGUUACUCACUUAAGUCAUUUCAACUGUAAUAAUGGUAGUAUUUCUCCAAUGCCAACGUUCAAGGCUGUUUACCAGUGGAAUAGGAUAAUGCAGGAAAUGCUGUGAGAAAGGUCCUUGAUGAAUCUGGCCCAUGUUGUUUUUUGGAUAGGAGAUGUUUGCCCUUGAACCAUCUGUUUGUUCCAAGGACUAUUGUAUGUUGAUGUCUUGUAACAAUAAGGGGUCAUGGUAUUCUUGUUAUUGUAUACUGGUACUUCUAUAUCUUGGUGUGCUUCCAGAAGUGUUAAACACAGCAUACUGUAUACAUGUGUAGGGAAUGUGAUUAAGGGAAUUAUUAAUUUCUCAGACCAAGCACCCAAAUGAAUGUCAAUAAUUUAGUAAAUUUGAGUCCAUUCAAAGAAGAGAAAUUGGACACAAGACAAACACACCCAGGUCAAUGUGUAGUCAUUUUAGAUUUCAUUGGUGCCAUGCCAUUCCCAUAUGCAAUCAUUAAGUUGUAGUUUAUUAUGAGCAGUAUAUAAAGUCAACCUGUUCAUUUAGAUCUUGUAAGACAUAUAUUUUCUGUACCUGAUAUGAACCAUUGUAAACAGCAAUGGUAUUAUAAGUUUCCCAUUUACUCUCAUUUGUAUCCUUGUCCUGAUGUUUUCUUAUGGUGUUUUCUACAAAGACUGGAGUUCAUCAACAUGUUUAAUUUUAGAAGAAAGUCUUCAUCAUUACCUAUGGAAAAUAAACAUUUUAAGAAAUAUCUCAUUGUAACCCUCAUAAGAAUCAAGACAUUCAAUCAUGAAAUUGUUUCAUAAGUGGUUAAUUAUAGAGCAUGUUCAUGAUAUUAUCCAACACUUUUUGAAUGAUGACCUUUGAAAAGGUGUGACUGUUUUGUAAGCUAUUGAUAUAUGUUGCUACAAUGACAUUUGACUUUUUAUUUCACCAAACAGAAUGCUCAAUAUACAUUUUCUUCAAAGAAUGUGCAUUCCUCUUGUUUAAUAUAUACAUACAAAUGUUGUAUUCUUUUGAGAAUUCUUCUAAGACUUUCUAGUGUAAUUUAUUGUGUUACUGUUUUGCUAUUUAAAUGUUCAUUCGGUAACAAAUGUUAAGUAUCUGUGUUUGGACUGACUCACCAAGCACACAUUCAAAAUAUUCCAAGGAGUGUGAAUCAACAAGCACAGCAAUAAAAAAACUGUCAAACAGCU